GGUCUCCUUCUUUGCAAACGUGAGGCUGAAAAACCUCCUCCCUUGGGCCUGUAGGCGUGAGUGCCGGGCUGGAGUGGGGCCUCCCACGUCCCCCCCCAGGGAGGGGGAUACGGGAAAUCCGGGGAUGAAGGGGCGCGCGAGAGCUUAGGAGGAUGAGUCUCAUCUCCGGAGACCAGGGGUAACCUGUUCCCAAGCCUGGGAAGGUUGAUCUUGAACUCUGGGGAGGGGGCAGGUAAAAGGGUUGGGCUGCAGGGAGGGAAGGGUUAAACAGUUCCAGCCUUGGGGGGCGGGAUCGCAGAAGGAGCUGGGUCACCACACGAUACGCUCCUCGGCCAGAAAGGGUUAAGAGGGCGGGCACCCCGGGAAGCCACGUGCCGGGGCGGCCUCUCAUUGGACCGGCCGGGGUUGUUUGUGUGAGAUGAUUGGAGGUAGCCGGGGGCGGGGAGAGAUGAUUGGCUAGGAGAGCGUAGGCCGCUAAAGCGGUGUUGAAGGGGGUGGGGAGGAAGGAGCAGGCUAGGUGGCUGGCCCGGGCGUCGGGAGCGGGAGCUGAGCGAAGCUGGGCCCCGGAGCGGGGCCGCCGCCGUCGCUGCCACUGUCGCCACCACCACAGCCACCGCCGCCAUGCGUUGGGUCCGGGCGCUGCUAAAGAACGCGUCCCUGGCCGGGGCGCCCAAGUACAUCGAGCACUUCAGCAAGUUUUCCCCGUCCCCGCUGUCCAUGAAGCAGUUUCUGGACUUUGGUUCUAGCAAUGCCUGUGAAAAAACUUCCUUCACUUUCCUGAGGCAGGAGCUGCCUGUUCGACUGGCCAACAUAAUGAAGGAGAUCAAUUUGCUUCCAGACCGGGUACUAGGAACUCCCUCCGUACAGCUGGUGCAGAGUUGGUAUGUCCAAAGUCUUCUGGACAUCAUGGAGUUCCUGGACAAAGACCCUGAGGACCAUCGGACCCUGGGACAGUUCACAGAUGCCUUGAUCACAAUCCGUAACCGGCACAAUGAUGUGGUGCCCACCAUGGCCCAGGGCGUGCUGGAAUACAAGGAGGCCUAUGGUGAUGACCCUGUCUCCAACCAGAACAUCCAGUAUUUCCUGGACCGAUUCUAUCUCAGCCGCAUCUCCAUCCGAAUGCUCAUUAACCAGCAUACAUUGAUCUUUGAUGGCAGCACGAACCCUGCCCACCCCAAACAUAUCGGCAGCAUUGAUCCCAACUGUGAUGUCUCCGAAGUGGUAAAAGAUGCCUAUGACAUGGCCAAACUCCUAUGUGACAAAUAUUACAUGGCCUCUCCCAGUCUGGAGAUUCAAGAGAUCAAUGCUUCCAACUCCAAACAGCCCAUCCAUAUGGUCUACGUCCCCUCCCAUCUCUACCACAUGCUCUUUGAGCUCUUCAAGAAUGCCAUGCGGGCAACUGUGGAGAGCCAUGAGUCCAGCCUCACACUCCCACCCAUUAAGGUGAUGGUGGCCUUGGGUGAGGAAGAUCUGUCUAUCAAAAUGAGUGACCGGGGCGGGGGUGUUCCCUUGCGAAAGAUUGAGAGGCUCUUCAGCUACAUGUACUCAACAGCUCCCACCCCUCAGCCAGGUUCAUCAGGGACCCCUUUGGCUGGUUUUGGCUACGGACUCCCCAUAUCCCGCCUUUAUGCUAAGUAUUUCCAGGGAGACCUGCAGCUAUUCUCCAUGGAGGGCUUCGGGACUGAUGCUGUCAUCUAUCUAAAGGCUCUGUCAACAGAUUCUGUGGAACGCCUGCCUGUCUACAACAAGUCAGCAUGGCGUCACUACCAGACCAUCCAAGAGGCAGGCGACUGGUGUGUGCCCAGCACAGAGCCCAAGAACACAUCCACCUACCGAGUCAGCUAGACAGGCUGCCAUUGGAGGAGGCCUUGGGAGGGUUUCCAUUGCUGGCAAGUCCCCUCCUGGCUUUGCAGUGAUGACCAUGAGGACAGAUGGAUCUCUUUAGGGACUGGUCACCCUGGUGACCUUCCCCCUAUAUCCACCACCCUAAAGGGUUGGGGGGGAUGUCACCCUGAUGACCUGUCUUUGUUUCCAUGGAAAUUAUGGUGAUUCCCUUUACUACACGGGCCCCCAGGUGCCAAUUUCUGUUUCUAUAAAGACCCCUGGGGAGACUCUUCCUUUUGGACCUUCCCCUCUACCCUAACCAUCUCAAGUUGGGGGGAGGGGUGGGUAAGAGUUCUCCCUGAUAACCUGACUGUUUCUAUGGCAACUAUAGUGAUGCCUUCACUACAGUGGCUCCCAGGUGCCAAUCUUUGUCUCCAUAGAGACUCCUGGGUAGACCCCUAGGGUGGUCUACCUGGUGACUUUUCCCCCCAUCCCCACUACCCCAAGAGAAGAGGGUCUCCUUGAUGACAUAUGUUUCCUUGGCAGCUGGGAUGAUUCCUUCACUCCAGUGGCCUCUAGGUGCCAAUCUCUGUCAUCAUAGAGACCCCUGGGAUGGUUUCCCUGGUGACCUUCCUCUUACUCCUCUGCCACCCCAAGUAAGAGGCAUGGAUUCUCC